CAUUCAGCGAGGAGGGUCGAUUUUGUUCGAUACUUUCUUUGCGUCCGCGAUUGCCGAUCCUGUUUUAAUGACGCGAGAUAAUAAUAUGCACCUGCGCCAUACCUUUUUGGUCAGCAGAAUCUAUAUCUAGAAAAUAAUCUCAUUAUUGGUGUCAGUACUCAGUGGAUUGUCUAAAAUCAGUUGCUGUCUGUGACUGCUCUCACGUCCUCCCUGGCCCCAUGCACUGAUUAAGUGAUUAUUGCUUCCUUUUAAAAUUAUGGUGCGACCUCGUGAAAUGCUGGCACCGGUCGGGUGGACUGGGUGAUCGCGAUGGGCGCCAUCGGCGCGGGCGGCGUGCUGCGGCGCUCGCACGCCGCCGCGCUCGCCACCCUCACCGCGCUGCUGCUGCUGCUGCUGGCGAGGCACGCGCCCGCGCCGCCGCCGCGCCCGCGCCCCGCGCACGCCGACCCCCUGCGCACGGACGCGCUGCCGCCCUCCCAGCCGCUCCUCGACACUACCAACAUCCAGCCAUCCAAGAUUGAAGCCUCCAAAAUUGAGUCCACCGUUCGCAUCGUUCCACCUGCACGCACCUCGGUGCGCAACGUGACCGCAGCGCCGUCCGCCGCGCCCACGGCCGCGCGCCGCGACCCGCGCGUCGUACUCACGCGCGACAUGUACGUGGCGGGACACGAGCGGCCCCACCCCGAGCUGUGUCCCGCGCUCGGAGCACAUCUGCGCUUGCUGAUCUUGGUCACAUCAGCGCCGUCCCAUUCCACGGCCCGUGACGCCGUGCGGCUCACGUGGGGGCACUACGCCGCCCGCCGGGACGUCGCGUUGGCGUUCGUUCUCGGCUCUCCGCCGGAUUCCAUGCGUCCCGCGCUCGAAAACGAAGAUGCAUUGUACGGUGAUCUCAUCGUCGGUCGCUCGCUCGAUUCCUAUUCGAAUUUAACCCUCAAAACAUUGUCGAUGCUGGAAUGGACCGAUACGUACUGUCCGCGUGUGCCGCGGCUCUUGAAAACCGACGACGACAUGUUCAUCAACGUUCCGCGCCUCUUGCGCUUUGUGGCGUCGCACGUCAACGCGACGCGCACGAUUUGGGGCAAAGUCGUCCGAAAAUCGCUGCCGAAGCGAACGACGAAAUCCAAGUAUUACGUCUCUCCGCUGCAGUUUCCCGGAAAGGUGUUUCCUGAUUUCGCGACAGGUCCUGCAUAUUUGCUCACGUCGGAUACGAUUCGACCGCUUUUAGAAGCUGCGCCGAGCGAACCUUACCUGAGACUCGAAGAUGUAUUCAUAACGGGCGUGCUCGGCGCACGGCUGGGGCUUAAGCGCCAGCACGCGGCGGAGUUUUAUAAUAAGAAAGUGGCUGCGCACCCGUGCGCCGUGCAGCGCGGCAUCGCCAUACACAUGGUGCAGUAUCACGAACAAUUCGAUCUUUGGCGCAAGCUGUUGGACGGCAAAACGAAAUGUGCUAGUUAGCGCCGAUCAAACCCGUGAGAUUUUGGUCGGAGUCUCGUUUAGGACUGAUCCAUCUUUGAUCGUUGAUCACUAAACAUUGGAAUCUCUAACUCGAAGCAUAAACCGUAGAAUUUUACGUAAAUAAAUACCUACAUUAUUAAUAAAGUAUUUGAUAAGUAAAUUCAAAAAAUAUAUCGUAUGCGUGCGAUAGGUUUAGGAUUAUAUCACAAAACACCAUUUGAUUUGGUUAUUGUAGUGUUAAACAGUGGUAGCGACGCGAAAACCAAAUUUUGAUUUGACGUUUAGUAAAAUAUCUAUUUGCUUCGGAUAAACCGUAAGAUAAACUCACGAUUUCGAGGCAAAAAUUGACGUUUUAUGACUUCUUAUAUAAUAUACGUAGGACGUUAGCCAACCAGAAGAAAUUAGUAAAGAAUUUAAAUGAAAUCUUCCAAGAGAAAGUUUAAAGUAGAGCAGAAGAUUCUGCUAAUCUUAGAUCAUUCCUGCAAGUCGGUGAAUCUCAAUAUUUUAUACACCUAUGCUUACCUAGCUACUAUUGUGGUUUCAGACCUUAUUUUACUUAUUUUCUUUAAAGUUUAUGAGCUCUCUAAAUUAAAGAUCUGUUUUUUAUUGUAAAAAUA